AUGCUGGGCUUCACAGUGCUCGUCUGUCUGGCUGGCGUCGCGUCCGCAGCCCCGAGUGCUAACAGUCUUGUCGAAAGAGCCCCGGCUGCCAACAAGAUCGUCAUUGCCAACGACGAUGGGUGGGCGACCGCACAAAUUCGGGCUCAGUUCAACGCCCUGACUGCUGCUGGGUAUAAUACCAUUCUUUCCGCGCCCGCAGAAAACCAGUCGGGCACAGGCUCGUCGUCCACGACACCGACUGUCCGCAAGGAUCCUUGCGAAUUCAACUCUUGCCCAGCAGGGUCGCCUGCGAUUGGCUCCGACCCAAGCAACCCCAGACUGAACUAUGUCAAUGCCUACCCCGUUGAUGGUGCUUUGUAUGGGAUCAACACGCUUGGUCCCAAAAUAUUCGGAUCGAAGCCUGACUUGGUCGUCAGUGGGCCCAAUAUCGGAAACAACUUCAACUUGGCGGCCUUUUUCUCUGGGACCAUUGGUGCUGCGUCUGCUGCCGCCUUGGCUGGUGUUCCCGCCGUCGCCUUUUCGGCAGCCAGCGGAGGCCAAGUUUCGUUCAACAUCCUCAACGACCCCACCGCGCCUGAAGCCCAGGCUGCCAAACUCUACUCUGCGCUGACCGUGAAAUUCCUUGACACCCUCCUCGCCUCGUCCGGCCCGAUCCUCCCGGCGGGCACCGCUAUUAGCGUCAACUACCCCGCGCUCUCUAACGCCUGCAACAGCGUCGACUCGUUCAAGUUCGUGCUGACCCGCCUCUACUGGAACCCCCUCCGGACAGACGUGACCACGUGCGGGUCGUCUCAUCUCCCUGACGAGAUGACCGUCGUGAACAACAACGGCCGCUGCCAGAUCUCCGUCAGCGCCAUCAACCCCAGCACCAAACUCGACGCGUCGGCCGAGGCGCAGGCUGCAGUUCUCAAGCGGUUGAGCCCGAUACUUACGUGUGCGGCCUAA